GUUUUAAAUUCUCGUCACGAAUAUUUUUGUAUAUUUUUUUGUCUGUCCGGAUCUUUCUUUAUUCGAUGCCAAAAUAUUAUUAGUUCCUGAAGAUAUCUAUGAAUUUACGACGACAAACGCGCGAUUUAUUUUGGUUGUGAAUAUUCCUUGUAUGCUGUGUUGUUUAAUCAGUCAAAAUGCUUCCGUUAUCGCUGUUAAAAACUGCCGUCAAUCAUCCAAUGUUGGUUGAGUUAAAAAAUGGCGAAACUUACAACGGUCACUUAGUGAGUUGCGAUAAUUGGAUGAAUAUUAAUCUUCGGGAGGUUAUUUGCACUUCAAGGGAUGGCGACCACUUUUGGAGAAUGCCAGAGUGUUACAUCAGAGGAAGUACCAUUAAAUAUUUAAGAAUUCCUGAUGAAGUGAUUGAUAUGGUAAAGGAAGACUCUAUGAGCAAAGGAAGGGGUCGUGUGGGGCCAGGACGGGGUAGGGGAAAAGCUGUGUUUGGUGGGAGAGGCAGAGGUGGAUCAGGACAAGGAAGAGGAGGGGCAAAAAAAUCUUCCAGAGGAAAAUCAAGAGAAUAAUCAUGAUCUGAAACUUUGCUAAAAAUCGUGACCACAUUUAGAAGCAAAGAUUUGAUUCCAUUCGAUUCAACGCACUGUAGAAUCAAUGUUCUGUUAUGACAGUUCGCCUUCUUUUAGAAAAAUGUUUUUCUUUCUUUUUUCUCUAUAUUCAAUUAUAGUCUCAUUUAAAAAUGGCAGUGCAAAAAGAUCACUUUUCAAAUAUGAGUGCACCAAAAUCCAUACUGCCUCUGUAGAUAACCAAUUUCAAAUAUUCCACUAGUCCCACAGAUCCAAGGUUGUUGUUUUAAUAAUGACCUUAAGUGCAAGUUAUAUAUAAAUCACACAACGCACUGUACUACAAUUAAACUAACAUGUAGCUGAA